CUCUGACAUUAGUGAGAGAUCCAUAAACCACAGGAAUGCUGCACAGGGCUUGGAUGGAGAGGAAGAUUCCCUUCGUGAGUGUGUGAGGAUAUGGCACCACUGUGGCUACACUGGAGAUCAAACCUUGAGAAGUUAAAUACUGCAGUCUGGCCGGAGCUUUCCUUAGGAGAAAAUGCAUUGAGAAGGACUUGACAUUCUUUCCCCAGAGAUCUGUGGAGGCUGCACUAGUCAGAUUGAAUAUCUGUGAUCCCAGCGCCUGUAGGCAGGAUUGCCAGUACCUGGUUUCAGAUCUGAGAUUGUGCACUGUUUCUACUGGGAAUUGCAGUCCUUUUCCUCAGCAACAUGAAGGUUUAAGUUCUCUGCGAGAAUUUCCAAGUCACUUUUUCUGCUCAUAUGACCUGAGAUGAAACUUGCAUGUUUUCUGCCCACACAGUCUUUCAUGAGGGAAAAAAAAAACAACAAAAUGACACCAUCCUUGAUUGUUGCAGCAGCUGGGAGUGCUCUGCACUCUGUGCAGCAUGUCCAGGGUGCAGCUUUCUGGUAGGCAAGUUUCAGGAAACUGAGUCACUGGGAUUAAGACCAGAGGCAUUGUUGCCUUAUCCAGGAAGAGCUCUCAAUUUUCACAAGUUCAGUGUUGAAGUUGGCCGUGCCUGCUGUGUCAAGUCCUGUGUAUUGCUGAGGUGAAUUUUCACCAGGAGUCACCUUACUGAUGUGGAAAUGCUGAAACUCCCCUGGAUUAGUGACUGGUUAAUCGUCCUUCACUGCUAAACCCAGGAGCAAAUUUCUGGUUUGAAGUUUUAUUCAAGUUCGCAGUUCAUAGCCCAAAAUGUUACAGGAGUCUUUGUCUUUCAUGCAUUUUAUGGAGUGAUUUCAGUUAGGGACAAACAUUUUAGCAUUGCCUAUUGUGACAGGACAAGGUAAUAGUUCUAAACUAAAAGAGGGCCUACUUAGACUGGGUGAAGAUUUCUUUUUACAGUGAGGGUUAUCCAGAGAAGCUGUGGAUGCCCCAUCCCUGGAAGUGUUGAAGGCCAAGUUGGACGAGGCUCUGAGCAACUUGGGAUAGUGGAAGGCGUCCCUGCCCAUGGCAGGGGGCUGGACCCAGACAGCCUUUAAAGGUCCCUCCCAACCCAACCUGUUCUGUGAUUAUAAGUUGGAAAGAACCUCUGUGUUUUCCUUUACUUCAGUCAGCUGCUCAAAGCAGGGCCAGCUUCAAACAUUUACCUUAUACCCAGUCAGAAUUUCCUAUGGUCACCCCUGUCUCCUUUCACUGUUGAGCACUGAGAAGAGUCUGGCUGCAUCUCUCUGUAACACCUCUGCCCUGCCAUUGUCUCUGCUGGAAAACUGAAGGUGCAGCACAGGAGAAGACCUUUACCAGACCCUCUGGUAACUUGCUUUCAUCGUGGGAAGAAUUGCUGUUCCUUCCUACCCUUGGUUUCUUCUCUUAACCUAUUUUUCUCUCAGCCUUUUCUCUUGUCCCAUGACAUUUUAAUAGUCUUUAAUGAUGUUUAAGAGCUUUAAAUAUGAUUUUCUCUACAGAGCCUCAUUCCCUCUUCCCCAAUUCAUCAUCUCAUGCUCUGACUACUUCCUAAUUCUCUUCUUCCUAAUGCUUUGUUCUGAUCUGUCUAGUACAGAGCUGAUGUUUUACUGUGCCACAUCUCCCAGCACCCACCCUUUUACAGGCAGAUUAAACUGUCACCCUUUUCUGGUUUUCUUCUUAAAUGACAACUUACACAGCACAGGCUCAGUCACAUUAUAUUUAAGCUUCUUUAGGGCUCACAAACGAAUCCCAAUGGGUUCCAAGGUUUAUUCACUCCCUCAAAUUGUUCUAAAAUCUCCCCUGUUGACAUUUUAAUUAGAAAUCGUCUCUCAGACCCAUCCCAAGAGAAGGUCUCAUGUGAGCUCCUCUGUGGCAACUGCUGAUAAUGAUGAUUAAUUUGGUUUUUCCAACUGGCCCUAUUUUCCACUGAGAUGUUUGGCACUGAUCGUGUGUCAUCCCCACUGAUCAUCUGGCAGCUCUCUGCUUCUGAUGUUUUUGAUGAGGUUUUUUGUUUUAUUUGCUUUUAUGUCUUUAGCAAAUUGUUCUCUUUUUCUUCUUCUUUUUUUUUUUCUUGCCUACUUUAUGUGGAUUCUACAUUUCAUUUAUUAGCAUUCAGGCUUUUAUCAUUUUUCUUGUUUUGACAUGGAAGUUCUUUUUAGAGGCUUUUUGAUUUCUAACAGCUUUUUCCCAGAACAGCAAGGGUUGUGCAGUGUCUGAUCUCUGCAAAGUGAACUAAAACUUUCCAGUUUGAGAGAGGUUCCUUGCUAGUGACUUAUGUAGCCAAUAUAAUUAAAAACUGUCAGGCAAUUCUUAACUAAAAGUUCAAGUCUGUGUCAUUUUGUCCAGAAUUGGUGUAGAGCUGAGCUGUCUGUGAUUAUUUCAUUCAUCAUGUCUCACACUAACCCUGCUGUUCUGCUCUUGAGUCUUCCAAGAUUUGGUAAAACUGAACAUAAGGCUGAAGAUCUCUUUAAUCUUAUGCCCAAGUUCCCAGGACUUCCUGAUUUUCAACGUUUAUCCCUCUGGAGCACAGAAAGAUGAUCACAAGUGAUCAGAUUUCCCCAGGCUGAGGCUUUUCUGUGCCUCUGCAUGUGGCAGCUCUGCUGAAGCUGCAGGAGAGAGCUCCAGGCACAGAGUUUCUCUUCAGAUGGAAUCUCAGUUUGCCCAACUCCCUCACUUGGAAGCUGAGAGCAGGUAAUGUUAUCUCUUACCUCAUCAAAUUUCAUCUGCUGCCACUGAAGUGAGCUUCGAAAGAGGUUUUGGAAGGAGAGGCUUGCAGAUCCCAACUGUGCUUGCAAGUUCACAAAAUUAAACGAAGCAAUUUUCUCAUCCCAGACCCAGUGGAUUCUCUAUUUCUCCCAGCUGUGCACCAUAAGCUGAAUUUGGAGCUGUGCUAGCAGGCCUGAGAAUGGAAAAGCCAAUCAGUGAGAAAUGUGCUUGUUCAAAACUGAAAAAAAUAGGUUGUACAUAAUUACCUGAAGACUCUAAAGACAUUGUUAAUUAAUGCAUAGAAUUCUCCAUUGGUGCAGCAUCCAGGCAGCUCCGUUCAGUGGCAAGAUGCAGAUUUUGUGGCGUCCUUUCCUGUUGUGCUGUGACUCUGCAAUCAAUUCCCCAGGCUUAGAGGACUGAGAGUGCACUCAUGAAGUAGAAGACAUUUAGGCAUGGACUAAAGAACACAGAUGAAAUGAGUGGUUUCUUCCUUCUUAAGAGAAUGCUAACUUUUAUUUUCUGCAGUGUAUAGAACUGUGCCUGUUGGUGUGUGACUGUGUGGUUCUAAUUCUUCUGGCACAGGUACCUGAAAUAUCACCAUCCAGAUAAAUCACACCUGACACUUUCAAAACUGUCUGUGAGGUUUGUAGUAGGUUAUCUCCAGCAUAAAAUAUUCUCAGGGGACAGCAAGUGGAAUUUCAGGGAGCUGUCCUUGGAGUCACCAGUUGUUUCCAACACUCAGCAGCUGAGGAGCCCCAGCAGGACUCAGGCUGAGCUUGCCAGACGCCUUCAGCCCCUUAAAUAUGGAGCAUCAGCAAAGCCACGUGCUCCCAGACAGCUCAGCCUGCCCUGAGCAGAGUGACCCACUGACCAGGGCAGGGAGAGGGCACAGCAAAAGCACCAGAAAACCUGAAAUUCAGCUGUCUGUGCUGCAGAGCUGCAGCCCUGCCAUGUGCUGUGUGGUGGCUGCUCAGCUCAGAGUCCUUGCCAUGCUGUGGCCCUCCAAGUGUGUCAAGAAAUGAGCUGGGCUUGGCAGUUCUGGAUCAGGGUACAAAGAAAUUGCUGUCUUUUCAUUGUUUGCAGAUGGGCCAUGCCUGGAAGUCUGAGAUGGAAUCUCCCGUCAAGUCAGAGGACAGUGAUUUCCAGUCUCUUCCUGACUGGGAUUCAAGCUCGGAUCUGGAUGUGAGGAGCUGGAGAAAUACUGAAGAGAUGGCCCUGGGGAAGGUAGAGGGGAGCAGCCAAGAGGCAGACCAUGAGAUGGAGCUGAAUGAGCCUCUCUGGAAGGAUGACAGUGAAGAUUACCACGAGGCAGAGAAGCCAUGUGAAAGCGACAGCCCUUUCCAGUUCCUCUUGGAGGUAACCCAGAUGUUGGAAUCUUUCUGCAUUAGCAGCAGAGAGUCAUCGCAGACUCCGUGGGAUUAUUGUGGCUCGGGGGAGCAGAGUGAUGGGGAAGGAGUGAGGUGCCAGGAAAAGACCACAGCAACAGCAGUCUCAGGAGCAGAGGAGAGUCAACUACACAUCCUGGCAAAAGAUGAGGAAGAACACCUCCUGGGAAGAGAGGACAAGGCUCAAGAGACACCUGGAGAACCACCUGAAGAUGACCUGCACCCACCAGAGAUGAGUGCUGAGGAUCAAGAUGACAGUGACAGCACCUCUGCAGCCCCAGUGCUGGACUCCACAGGCUCUCCCAGCACACACCUGCUGCAGCCAAGCUGGAAUAACCCCCGCCAGCAGCUGAUCCUCAGAAAAAGGCUCCUGUCCAUCUGGAGGAUGAUAGCCAGCCACAGGUUCAGCAGCCCGUUCCUGAAGCCAGUGUCAGAGAAACAAGCCCCUGGAUACAGGGAUGUGGUAAAGAGACCCAUGGAUUUAUCCAGCAUAAAGAGGAGGCUGACCAAGGGCCACAUCCAGUCGGUGAUGCAGUUCCAGUGUGACCUGAUGCUCAUGUUCCAGAACGCUGUCAUGUACAACAGCUCCGACCACCGCGUGUUCCACGUGGCCCUGGAGAUGCAGCGAGAGGUCUUGGAGCAGCUGCAGGUCUUGGCUGAAGCCCUCCUGCUGUCCAGGGACAGGCUGGAGUGAGGCAGAAGGAAACCAGCCCUGCGUGAGGCCUCUCUCCGUUGGAGCAGCGUUGUCUCUGUGGCCCAAGGCAUGUCGUGGGCUCAGGGGAUGCACUGCCCUGGCCUCGGGGAGCCCUCACUGUCCCCAGUGCUGGCUGCUGGGUUGAUGGGUUCAUGUUUCAAAGCAGUUUUGGGGAGGGUACCAUGUUGGAAGCCUCCAUUGUUUUUGGGAAAAGCUGAGACGUAGCCCCGAAGGGAGAAGAGUUCCCUAGGAUGGAAAGGGAGAAGGUCCCUUUGUGUGUGGCCAGGUGGAUGAAGCGGGCGCAGCCCGUGGGGGUGGCUGGCUGCACACCGGGCACGGCGGCGUUCCCGCGUUGCGAUCGUUGCGCUGUUCGUUGGGUCGGGUGGGUCCGGCGUUACCGGCACUGAGCACACCCAAUAAAGGCCCGUG